AUGGCAGUGCCGCGCAGCUAUCCACCCGCUGGACCGCUCGGACAGACCGACCCGCUCCGCUGGAGGCUCUCGUCUGCGACCGACGGCGGAAGGCAUGUCUGGCACUACGCCCGCGACGCCGACUCGCCCAGUGCUGCCGCGUACGAGACGGUCUGGGGGAAGGACGACGAGGGCGUGCGCGGCGCGGCGGAGCAGUCGGACGAGACGGCGUACUGGCUUGGACUCGACCUCCCGCUCAAGGACGUCUCGCCUGAAGCCGCAGAAACGCCCUUAAACUCGGCAAAGAAAGGCUACGAGUUCUACAAGCGCUUGCAGUCGAAGGACGGACACUGGAGCGGAGAGUACGGCGGACCGAUGUUCCUGCUGCCGGGCAUCAUCAUCGCGAUGUAUGUGACCAAGACGCCGAUACCUGAAGAGUGGAAAAUCGAGAUUGCGCGGUAUCUCGCCAACAUGCAGCGCGAUGGCGGCGAGGACGACCAGGGUUGGGGAAUCCACUUCGAAGCGCGCUCAUCCGUCUUCGGCACCGGUUUGAACUACGUCGUCCUGCGAUUACUCGGCGUCGGACCUGAUGAGCCGAUGAUGGUCAAAGCGCGCAAUUGCCUGCACAAGCUUGGUGGUUGCGAAGGUAUUCCUUCAUGGGGAAAGUUCUGGCUCGCGAUCCUCAAUGUCCACUCCUGGCGUGGCCUCAACCCGACGCCCGCCGAGCUCUGGCUCCUGCCUGACAUCGCACCCAUACAUCCAUGGCGCUGGUGGAUCCACACAAGGAACGUCUACAUCCCUAUGGGGUAUUUGAGCGGAAAGGGGUUCCAGGCGGAGGAGGACGAUUUGAUUCGGAGCUUGCGGAAUGAGCUUUACACCCAGCCCUACUCCUCUAUCGACUGGCCCUCCCUCCGCAACUCGAUUUCCCCCUACGACGUCUACUCGCCCCACUCGCGCGUCGCGAACGCCUGCUUCGCCGUCCUCGACAUCUACGACCGCCUCGCGCCGAGCUGGAUCCGCAAGAAGGCGCUCGAGAGGGCGUACAAGCUUGUUGUCAUGGAGGACGAGAACACGAGCUACCAGACGAUUGGCCCGGUCAGCAAGGCCAUGAACAUGAUCUGCCGAUGGCUUGAGGAAGGCCCCGAGAGCGAGGCUUUCCAGCAGCAUGUCCUCAAGAUCCGCGACUUUAUGUGGAUGUCCAAGGACGGAAUGAUGAUGACCGGCACGAACGGCUCGCAGCUGUGGGACGCCUCCUUCAUCGCCCAAGCGCUCUACGAGUCCGGUCUCGCCUCUCUUCCCGAAAACCAGCGCUCGACCGCCCUCCUGCUCGACUGGCUCGACCAGUGCCAGAUUCGCGACAAUCCGCCGCACUUUGAGCAGGCGUAUAGGCACAGGACUAAGGGCGCUUGGCCGUUCUCAACGGCGGAACAGAGCUAUACGGUCAGCGACUGUACCGCCGAGGGCAUGAAGAGCGUCCUGCUUCUGCAGGAGUUGCCACACGUCACCGAACGCGUCUCGUACCCUCGCUUCUGCGACGCCGUCGACACGAUCCUCUCGCUCCAGAACCCCUCCGGCGGCUUCGCCUCGUACGAGCUUGUCCGCGGCUCGCCUCUCCUCGAGCUGCUCAACCCCGCAGAAGUUUUCGCCAACAUCAUGAUCGAAUACCCUUACGUCGAGUGCACGACCGCUUGUGUCACCGCCCUCUCCGUUUUCCGCAAGAAGUACCCCACCUACCGCGCUGGCGAGAUCGAGCGCGCGUCGAAAAAGGCGAUCGACUGGAUCAAGACGGCGCAGCGCGCGGACGGGAGCUGGUACGGGAGCUGGGGCAUUUGCUUCACCUACGCUACCAUGUUCUCGAUCGAGUCGCUCGCUCUCGCUGGCGAGAACUACAGCAACAGUUCGCACGUCGAAAGGGCUUGCGAGUUCUUGCUCGGGAAGCAGAUGGAGGACGGUGGAUGGGGCGAGAGUUACAAGAGCUGCGAGACGGAGCAGUACGUCCACAACGCCAAGAGCCAGGUCGUCAAUACCGCUUGGGCCGUCAUCACCCUCCUCACCGCCAAAUACCCCGACCCUGAACCUAUCCGCCGCGGGUGCCGCCUCAUCAUGUCGCGCCAGCAGCCGGACGGGAGUUGGCCGCAGGAGAGCAUCGAGGGAGUCUUCAACAAGAAUGCAGCGAUCUCGUACCCCAACUUCAAGUUUGCGUGGACGAUCAACGCUCUCGGCCAGGCGUGGAAGAAGCUGCCAAGGGAGGGGUGGUGA